UCAGUGUAGGUCCAGCUUCUGUAGACUCAACACAUAUCUCUUUGCUUUGGCCUUUUUCAAAAUUCUUUGUAACAUUUGGCCGCAAAAGUUCAAAAUUCAGUUAACAAUGUCUAAAAUGUCUGCGUUAAUUCUAGGUCGGUCCAUACAGACCACCUUAAAACGGUCACAACACCUAAAGGUUCUUGCAAACUUAAAAAAGGAAGACAUCUGCAAGCCUGAUAGCUUUUCUAUUCACAAGCCUACAAAAUUUAAAAACGGUUUGAUAGGAGUAAUCCGCAUUCAGGAGCACGAACGUUCUUUACUCGCCAAUCCGAUGCAACGCCAAUUCCUAGAUGAUCUGAAACACCAACAGGCACAAAGGAACGAGUCGUUAGAAAAAGAAAAGGAUGAAUAUCUCAAAAAGAUUAAAAGAGAAUACCAGAAGCUGGACAAAGAGAUCACCAUGAGUGGUGGCGACAGCGAUUUAAAAGACUCCUGCAAGGAAAUUGUCCAGAAGGAGAAGUUGAAAAAGGAAGAAAUAAAGAAAAAGUGUAGGGAGUUGGCUGCAAGGGAAAAAUGUGAAAAGGAUAAACUGAAAAAGAAGUGUAAGGAAAUUAAAAAAAAAGAUAAAUGUAAAAAAAAAGAUCCGUGUCCAAAAGAUCCUUGCCCAGAAGAUCCUUGCCCAGAAGAUCCUUGUCCUUGCGCGGAAAAGCCAAAGAAGAAAGACCCUUGCGAGAAGGAAGAUCCAUGCAAGAAAGAAGAUCCAUGCGAGAAAAAGAAAGUUGAUAUAAACAAAAUUUGCAAGGAACUAGCUGAAAUGGAACAAUGCAAGAAUUUAGCCGAGAAAGAAAAGAUGAGGAAAAUGCUUAAAAAUUGUAAAAAACUGGCCGAAGAGCAAAAGUGCAAGAAGAUGGCCGAGAAAGAGAAAUGCAGGAAAAAAGCCUUAAAAGCCAAAAAAGACAAGUGCAAGAAAAAGUAAAUGAAAGAUCGAGGUUAUCGCGGAUUUAACAUUAAAAUUAAAUAAAUUUAAAUAACUUUUAAA